AUGUUCAAGAAGAGAAAUGUCAAAGGUGCUAGUAGACAAAAGGUAAUAAGGAGAGAUAGCUCUGGCAGCAGUGAUGAUAGUGAUGGUGAACAUGUGGUGACGAAAAAAGUGAAGAAAUCAACUCCAGAUCCCACAAUUACUAAACAAGAUCCAAAAGAAAGUGCCACUGAGGACAAGGAUACAACUCUAUCAAGAAAUGAAGAGGCCACCAAAGUCGAUGCAUUGAAUCAAGAGCUUAUAGAGAAGGAUAGGCUGCGUAAAGCUAAAGAAUCCAACGGAAAUGACAACGAGAUGAUAAACCAAGAUGAUGGUAUCUAUAGAGGGCAGGCCAAUUAUACCAGCUUUAUAAAACCGACUAAAGGACAAGCAAUGGACAAGAUUGGACCCAAAAAAGCCAGCUCAAAUAUUAGAAGCACAACAGUGUUUGAUUUCCAAAGAGAUAUUUGCAAGGAUUACAAACAAACAGGAUUUUGUGGGUUUGGUGAUAGUUGUAAAUUUUUACAUGCAAGAGAUGAUUUCAAAGCAGGAUGGAAACUAAACAAAGAUUGGGACUUAGAGUCAAAAGAUAAGGAGUCUAAAAUAGAGAAGGAAUUGCAAGAUAUACCGUUCAAAUGUGUCAUUUGUAAAAGUGAUUACAAAAACCCAGUCAAAACAAGCUGUAACCAUUAUUUUUGUGAAAUGUGCUUCUUAAUUAGAAGUAGAAAGAAUCAAAACUGUUUCAUAUGUGGCAAAAAUACGAAUGGUGUUGCUGCUCCAGCCAAAAAUCUACAAUCAAUAUUAAAGAGUUAA